CGGGCUGAUAUUAGAGUGGGGAAAGUACGGAACUGUCUAAUCUUACACUUUCAUUUUCGCUCUUUGUGCUGAGUAACUAGGCGACAUGGCUACUAUGGAUAUCAAGCUGGACUCCAAGAAACAGGUGGAUGAUUUCUGCCAAAACCUCACCAAGGAGGCAGAAGAGCUUGUUUCCAAUUUUUUCCCUCAGAAGAUUGAAGAGCUGCAGAUGCUGUUGAAGUCAUCUUUCAGCUGUGAUGACUUGGCGUCUCUGAAGGUUUCCCUGGACAUCCCGAUGCCGGACCCCGCGAAGGAGGAGGCCAAACGCAAGAAGAAAGAGGAGAAGGAGAAGAAGGAGGGGAAGAAAGACAAGGACGGAGAUAAAGAGGACGAAGACUCAGGGCCUCCCUGUGGUCCCAUCUGCACCAACGAGAGGGUGGAGAGCCUCCUGCAGGAGGUGAAGCCUCAGAUCCAGACGCUGAAGGAGAAGCUCAACACGGUGUCAAUGUGGGUGCAACUCCAAAUCCCUAAAAUUGAAGAUGGGAACAACUUUGGAGUGGCGGUUCAGGAGAAAGUGUUCGAGCUGCUGACCAACACACGCACCAAGGUCGAGGCCUUCCAGACUCAGAUCUCAAAAUACUACCUGGAGAGAGGCGACGCUGUGGCCAAAGCCUCCAAACAACCCCACGUGGCUGACUACAGGCAGCUGGUGCAUGAGCAGGACCAGUACCAGUACCAGGAGCUCCGCCUCAUGGUCCUGGAGGUCUGCAGCACAUAUGCUGUGCUGUUUGACAUCAUUACCAAGAACUACGACAAGAUUAAGAAGCCCAGAGGAGACGGCAAGGCUCUCAUCUACUGAGACUCCUACAGAUACUCCUAGUGUAGCAUGACACUCUGGUAACAAUAUACCCAUCUGGAAAAAUGUUCCUUUUUCUAAUUCUGCAUUCAUUUUGGUUCAGAUUACAAAAUAAAGCAACACGAUUCCCAUA